AUGCCACGAGCGGGCCAGAAAAAAGGUGAUCGAGAUGAUCCAUACAAACCCAGUAAAGAAGCCGAAGAAGACAUCGCCGACGUCGACAUCGACAUUUUAAACCCCACCAAAGCAACCCUCAAACCAUCCAAAAUCACCAAGCCUCCCCCAAAAGGGGGAGCUUCAAAACAACAAUCCCAAAAGAACACUCCUAAAGGAACACCCAAACACACACCUCGCUCCACCCCCAAACCCCCCUCAGCAGGCGCCUACAAAAAACCCUCUCCCCCACCCAACACCCGCACUGCCGCUCCAUCCUCCACCACGAUCGUACCGUCCUUACCCAGCGAGCCUUAUUUCUGCUGUCGCAAACCGCUUCCUCUCUCAUCCUCUUUCCCUCCUGAUCUCCAACGCUUCUACACUUUCCUCGUCGAUUCCCUCACGAUCAUAUAUUUACCUCCGGCUGUGGCUAAACUCCCAGCGUGCACUACCUAUUACCGAUUCUCGCAUCUUUCCUUAACCACAUGCACAGAAGUGCAUCGAUAUUUCAUCGCGUACGAGCCGCGCGAUGAAGUAGAAGGGAUAUUUGCCGAGGGCAGCGAGGUGGAUGUACUAGGUAAGGCGGGGGCGUUGGAUGAUGAGGAUGGGGUGGAGAGGAAGCAGGAUGUGAUGAUUUUGAGUCGGAAUGCGAGAUGUGAGGAGCAUAUGAAAGAGGGAUAUUGGUAUGUUUUGAUGAAGGUGGAACAGGUGGUUGAGAAGGAAGAGACGAAUGUUAAUGUGGGGUUUGUGGGGAUGGAUACGCAGAGGGAGAUGCAGGGGGAGGAGAUGGAUCAUGAGAUUGAUUUGGACUUGUAUACGUAG